AUUUAUAUACGAAGCAGCCAUGUUUUUCCAUAAACUACUUUCAACUCUGCUCAUUCCUGUCGGGGUUCUUGGGAACCCUGUCAGUAUUGAGCAAAGGUCACCUGGAAACGUAGUUCAGGCUGGUUCGCCUGUUGUUAUUGAUACAAACGGAGUAUAUAUUCGAACUAACCCUCUGAACAACGGAGGUUUGAUCGCUGGUUAUACUGCUCAUGAAAACGGCCAGAGUAUUCUUCGACUGGCUGGAUCUAACAAUGGCGGUUCUUCAUGGCAUUUUGUCGGCGAAGUUUACCGUGCUGAUUCAUCUGCUCAUGAUGUUGAUAAUGCUAUGCCUUUGCAACUUCCUAGCGGGCGUAUUGUAUACGCCUACCGCAACCAUGAUCGCACAGGAAAUACUUACACAUAUUACCGAAUAACCCUAUCAUAUUCCGAUGACGGCGGUGCUAGCUUUCUUUAUCUAUCAACCGUGGAGCAGCAGGCAGCCACUCCAGGUACCCCUAACGGACUCUGGGAACCCUUUCUCCGUGUCGCUGCAGACGGGUCGCUGCAAUGUUACUAUUCCGCCGAGAAUAAUGGGGCAGAUCAGGACGGUUAUAUGAAGCGUUCGACUGAUGGAGGGUUAACUUGGUCGAACUGGAUCAAGAUUUCUGGAGGUGACCGCACGUCACGCGAUGGAAUGAUUGGUGUCGCAAAUAUCGACAAUUCUGGCAACUUGAUUGCCGUUUUUGAGAAUACGGAGUCCGGGCCCUUUUCCAUUGAUUAUGUUCUGUCCCAUGAUGACGGCAACUCUUGGGGAGAGCGGGCGCGCCUAUAUACCGCGCGAAACGGGGCCAAUGCAGGAGCUCCUCAAGUUAUUAAUGUCGGUGGCACUCUUGUUACAAGCUUUAUGACAAAUGAGGACGUGGCCGGCACCGGUGGCAAUGGCAUUGACGGAGCGCAAAUGAAAGUUGUUACUAGUACAGACGGAGGUCAUACAUGGGGCCCUACUACUGUCACGGGUAAUGCCGGUUCUCACUGGCCUGGGCUCUAUACUCUCGACCAGACCCAUUUCCUUGCUCUCUAUACUAAAGAUGACAUAGGUGCAGUCAGUCAAGAUUACCAGCUUGUCAAUUGA